AUGACAUUAGGUGGUUAUGAAUCUGCAAGUUCGAAAAAAAAUAGGUUAGGGGAAAACAAAGAGAAAAAGAAAGUCAAGAGAAACUGGUAUAUUCCAGAAUUCCAUCCUAGAUGGUUUACUAAAGAAAUUGAAGAGGCUACAGGCGAAAAAGAAUGGAAACUCAAUCACAAGCAUUGGAAAGAAAAAGAAUUUUUAGUAGAAAUAUGCGAAUACUUGCUACCAUCAGAUUUAUAUACUUUAUCAACAGUUUGCAAAAAGCUGCGAAAAUUUCUAUGGUCUAAUUCACCAUAUACACAACAAAUAUGGCGUAACUCGCGUAUAAAGCAUUGUGAUAAACAAAUGCAAGUAGAUAGACCGCCACCACCAAAUGUUUCAGAACAACAAUAUAUUUGGUUGAGUAUUUUGGCAACAAAAUGUUACUUUUGUGACGCUGAAGUUAAAAAUAAUGAAGCAUUGAGAUGGGAAUUUAAAAUAUUAAUUUGUGAAAGUUGUUUAGUAGAAAAAACAAUUAGCUUUGAAGAUCUUAAAAAAACAGAUAGGUAUCCAGAUGAAAUGUUUCGAUGUUUACCAUAUGUUGAACACAUAAAACAUCCUAGUAUUAAUCAGAGCUUCUUGCCACCAAGGCUUACUUUUACUGAUAUCAAUGUUGAUAAUGAUGUUAACAAUGACAGUAAAGAUGCAGCUAAUAAUAGUGAUAUUUUUAUAAAUGAAAAUUCUUAUUUCUUGGAGAAAGACGUAAAUAAAUUUCUUGAAGAAUAUAAUAAUUUUACUGUAUCAUUACUAAGAGAUGAAUGUAUUGAAGAAAAGAAAAAAAGUUUAAGAGAGUAUAUGAAGGCAAUACAAGAAAGAAAAAAAGAGGAGGCACGAAAAUUAACAAAAGAAAUAGUAUUUUAUCAUAUUGGUCGCAUGGGAGGAAGAUCACAAUGA